AUGUCAAUUAGAGGAUCUGUUUGGAAACCAAAUUUACUGAUGGCAUCAUCAAGUUGUCGGGCACAAACAGUAUGCCGGACAUUCUCAAGGCGGUGCAAGAAAUCACUAUCAAAUGAUUCAAUACUAUUAUCUACUUUAAAAAAACGCACCAGAAAUUUUUUUAAAAAACAAGACUUAGGCGUUCAUAUUGCAAGAACUAGAAAGGUAAUGAUUACUUGUAAAAAGAUGAUUACUGCAGUCAAUAAGUUUAAGCAACAGUUGGCUAAACACAGAAAAAACUUGAUCAUGUGUGUGGCUAUGGCUUUUACAUUUGAUUGGUAUAAAGAAAGAAUAUGUGUUGAUGAGCUUAUCAGGCUACGUCAAGAAUUUGGAAUUGUUAAAAAAUUAAAUAAACAAUCCACCUCAAAUAAUAUUAUUCAAAAUGAGCAAAAUAUUAAUAUUUCUCAAAAACCGAUUUCUAAUAUUAAUGAAUUAAAUUAUUCUAUGUCUAAGACAGAAAAUAAUAAAAACCAAAUUGAAUGUUCGUAUAGCAGUUGUGAUUGUCCUAGAUGUAGAAACAUGAGUGAGGAAGGAUGGGAACCUUUUACGAGUGGUUCUUAUUACAAUGCUUGGAGAAAACCUAAUGUUGAUUACCCAGGUCAAAAUUUAUAUAUUUACAAAGUGCAUGGAUCAUUUAAUGAUAUAACAGCAUUAGACUUUAUGCAAGUGCAGUUAGACCUUCAAUAUCGAAAAGAAUGGGAUAAUAUGUCUGUAGAUUUGGAUAUUUUUGAUUCAGAGCCUCUUACACAUAGUGAUCUCAUUUAUUGGGAAUUUCGUUGGCCGAAAUGGUUUCAAAAUCGUGAUUAUGUGUUUAAACGACGCUACAAAAUUGAUGAAGAUGAAAAAUUAAUGUUAAUUGUUUGUGAAAGCAUUGAACACCCUGAUUAUCCUGAACAGAAUAAUAAGUGGAGAGUAAAAGAUUAUUGGUCAUAUAUUGUCAUUAAACCACAUGAAGAUUUUGAUAAGCCAGGAGUUGAGUUUUCAAUCACUUACUUUGAUGACCCCGGAGUUACGGUUUCAAAUUACCUCACUUCAUGGUACCAAUGUAAAGGGUUACCUUCAUUUUUAAACGAUCAAAGAUUAGCUGCAUUAGAAUUAACAAAACGUCGCUUCGAUGACAAUAAUAUUUUAAAACCAGAAAAAACUAAUAUAGAAGCCAAACUAGAUCAACCACAGACACAAACAUCUUGGAUUUCUUGGAUUUUUGGAUACUUUUUAUUUUAA